CGAAUGUUGGAAGCUUGGGAAGCAAAGGUAUGAGUGUGUAAAUGGCGGCAAAGACUCGUCUCAACAACACGGACAAAAAAACAAUACUAAGAACACCAGAAAGAGAGAGAAGGGGCGCGGAGCAAGAAAGAUACUGCUGCGUGAUUCAGCUCUACAGUUUCAAACAGUUGGAGUUUUUUUCUCUUCAAGUCUAAAAGCGGCGGGCUCGGUCUUUGGAUUCUGCCUUUCUUUUUUCUUUGAUGGUUGAUGACAAAGUUGGUUUCCUGUUUUAGGGAAAGAUCAUGAGAACCGAAAUCAGUGGUGAGCCUGUUUCUGAUAUGGCAGCAGCGGAGACUGCUGCGGGAGACGGUAUGCGUCUUAAGUUGCAACGCACUCCAUCUUUUCCGUAUAAAAUGACCACGGCAGCGCCGGUGGCGAUGGCUGAGGUUUUUGGUGGUGGCCCCACCUUUUACAGCGGAAGCAAAGAGGGGGCCAGGUUUACGAGAGCUAUAUACGAUUCUGCUGUUGGUGGUGGUGGCGGUGCUGCAGCCAUGACUCUGCAGCCUUUUAACACCUAUACUGCCUUCAAGUCCCCAGGAGGAGGAAUGGCGGCAUCUCUGAGAUUUCCUUUUACAUCUACUCAGUGGCAGGAACUUGAGAGGCAGGCUUUGAUCUACAAGUAUAUGAUGGCUUCUGUACCUGUUCCUCCUGAUCUUCUCAUGACCAUUAGCAGAAACCCCUCCCAACCUAUUGCUUCCCAAUCUACCAUGGGUCGGGGGGCUUGUUUCAAUCUACGAUUCUCUAGCAGCACGGAUCCUGAGCCGGGGAGGUGUCGCAGAACGGAUGGAAAGAAGUGGCGGUGUUCCAGAGAUGUGGCACCUGAUCAGAAGUACUGUGAGCGACACAUGCACAGAGGCCGCCCCCGUUCAAGAAAGCCUGUGGAACUACAAGCUGAAGGCGAGGACAACAACAUCGCUAGCAAUAACGCGCCCUCGGCUACAUCAACACCAGCAACCGCAUGCCUUCCUACCAUCGCAACCAAUACCAGUAAUAUAUCAUUUCAUCGCCUCGCGGCAGAGAAGUUUGACACUCAACCUUCUAGGGUUUUGGUCGAUCCCGCAUACAAAGUCUCCCCUUUCGAAACCAAUUUCCCUUCGCUAUCUUACAAGCAACCUGGGUGCGCGGAGUGGACGUCAAAAGGAGAAACGGUUUCCUUUACUGCAUUUGAUCAGCAAUGGCAGCAGCAGAUGAACACGAAAGUAGCAUUUAGGACUGAUAGCAACCUGUGUAAUGCCACUGUAUAUCGACAACAUUACAAAGAAGCGACAAAUUUGAACUUGCACUCGCAUCUCGGUGAGGGCGAAGGAUCAGAACAACAGCAGACUGAUAAUUGUUGCUUGCUCCUUAAUACCGGAUUUGUCUCCUUAGAUGGCUCGUCCGGCUCCGACAGGAGACAAACGCCGAGAGGAUUCAUAGAUGCCUGGUCAACUGCGGGGAGUGAAAACACCACGGCCAGCAGAGGCAAGUCCCCUGUUUCUUCAAAUGGGAUACUGUCGCUGUCGUCUUCUCUUACAUUGUCAAUGUCGGGUGGAUGUGGGAUGGGGGAGGAAAUGGAUCAGGUGCAGAGGGAUCUUGGGGUUAUGGGCUCUGAACGUGACAUCGGUGAAGGGUGUCAACCUUCAAGCUGGAUGAACCCUGUUUCAUGGGUAUCUUCUCCACCCGGUGGACCAUUGGGGGAAGUUUUACUACCAAGCGGUGCUGCCACUGUGACUGGGGCGUCGAAUGGGGUUUGUCCUGAAAGCUGCAGCGGAGGUACCACAGGGAAAAAGAGCUCGUAUGGUGGCGAGGAUCUUAAUUUGAUGAGCGACUUUUGGGGUGUCGGUAGCGAUCCCAGUAGCCCUCCAGCAACUACAGCUUCAUCUCCGUCGGGUGUCCUGCAGAAGACCCUCGUAUCUCUCUCAGAUAGCAGUGGUAGCAGCAGCCCCUCGUUCACGGCUGGUGUGCCAAAGUCGGAGAUUGCUAUCCAGUGGUCGAACCAGAGCAAAUGACCAUGAUUUCGUUUAGUUCGGUGAGGGCGACGAGGGAACUGAAAAACCGAUGAGCCGUAGUUAAUAAUUAUUAUUAAUCGUAUCCCUUUUGUUUUGAAUGGGCUUAUCAUGCUCAUUCUGGCCUUCCGGUGUGUCGUCGCUGUUAGAACUUAGACGCUUGUGAGUUUGAGAGCACUCACUGGAUUAAUGGAGUGGGACUUAGGAAUGUAGUCCAAGCAAAAGGGUUUGUUGGGGUUCAACCGUUCACAAGCUUGCAAUAUUUAUUGGGUUUUAGGGAUUAAUAAAUCCCCAACUUUAUUUUGUGAAUUGUGUAAUUGAAGUUAUUUGCACAAAAUGCUGGACAAACUGGUCCUUCCCUUUCUCA